GGGGCCUUGGGGCCAUAAAUUAAAGUCAGCAAAGUCGUCAACGGUCAACGUAAAUCCCUAUUCCUGAGCUACAUCCCAUCUCAAACAUUUAACAUGUCCCAACCGACGCCCGAGCUAAACACUUUAUUUGAUCCCUUAACUUGUACGCGCAAGGGUCUUUGCCCUGUAACGCAAAUUCGCAACAAGGGCGACCCAUUGGAGAGCCACUCACUUUACUUUGAGCAGCAUGGAACGGGACCAGAAAAGAUAUUGUUCAUAAUGGGGUUGAAUGGUACUCUCUUUGCUUGGGGAUCUCAAAUUGACCACUUCGGCCACUCGGACAAGUAUACAGCGCUGGCUUUCGAUAACAGAGGCGUUGGCCACAGCGGAUCACCUAUGGGACCAUACACAACAAGUGGUAUGGCAGAAGAUGCCAUUACCCUCCUCAAUUACGUUGGGUGGACAGACAAACACAGUUUACAUGUUGUCGGUAUAUCACUUGGGGGCAUGAUAGCUCAAGAGCUCUCAACUCGCAUCCCCGAAAGAAUCAUAUCCUUGAGUCUUGUUGUCACCAAGGCCGGCGGAAGGAUCUGGAACAACUUUCCUUCACUUAGCAACGGUAUCAAGAUGUUCAGAACUUGGGUGAUGACACCUGAGGCGAAAGCAGCGUUGUUAGUCGACUUAUUAUUCCCGCAAGAAUGGUUGGACGAGAAAGCCUUGAAUGACUCAUCUGGACGGACGAACAGAGAUGUGCAGUUUGCGGCCUGGAAAAGGCGUGACAACACUAUACCUCGCCAGACCGCCAUUGGUUCCUUGUCCCAGAUGUCAGCAGCCUAUACUCACCAUUGUAGUGAUGAGCGAUUACGCACUCUUUCAUCAACAAUUCCCAAAGUUGCCAUUAUUGGCGCGGACCAGGACAAGCUUGUCGACUCGCAUAACAGCAUUUACUUGAAAAAGCAGAUGCCAGAGGCCGAGUUGAUUAUGUUCGAGAAAACAGGCCACGCGAUCUCAGGUCAAGACGUACCCAGAUUCAAUAGAACGUUGGAGAGAAUAUUUGAAGAAGGUCGAGAGAAGAUAGGAAGAGCUGAGAAUCGAAGUCACUAAACGCACGCCCUUUGCGUCGGAUAAUCCGUGCUUGUUUGAAUUACAAUAUUCUUUGUAUUUAACCAUGGGCGAAUUAUCAACAUGCUGCUGUAGUCUUCACCAAAACCAUCGGUGAGCA